AUGGCUAUAAGUGUCUCUGCAAUUGUUUCAAGAGUCUGGCCAAUAGCAAAGCUUGACACUUCUACGUCAAAUAUUUACUUAAAAAUCUACUCUCAAAAGCUGUUUUUACUGUCUGCAAUCUUGAUACACAUAAUUAUUUCCUGCGUGGUGAUUUCUAGCUGCUAUUGGUCAUUUAAUUGCUGAACUUUUUUGCCUACAUUAAGCUAUAUAGGAUUUUUUAGAGGAUAUGACAGGGUCCUUGUGAUGACUUUUUCAGCAUUUACGCCGAUACUUUUACUGUUCUUUUCGGCGGCUUUUACAAAUUAUGAUGCAACUUUGAGCAAAGUGGAUUCGAUAAUAAUGAUGCUUAUAGGAAUUCUUAUCAGUUUUGCGGUUCCUUUUACGUUUAUUAUUGAUGAGGUUGCAUCGUCAUUUUACGUUUAUAUGGAAAAAGUUCAUCUUCUUAUUGUAAUAGGGAUGAUUUCUCUAGGAAUAAUAUGGAUUUUCCUCUCAUUUGGGUGCAUGUAUAAACUUCAGACUUAUUCUUUUAAACAGUCAAGAUUUUGGAAAAAGCUUUUGAUAUAUUUAUUUUUAAAUCUGUGUGUGCUCUUGAUAAGCAUUUAUACAUGGUAUUAUAGUAGUGAUACAAGUUUAGAAAGCAUUGAAGCUGUAUUUGAAUAUAUUACUGUAUCUAUGAGUGUUUAUCUGCCUUAUCUUUAUUCUAAGUCAUUCCAAGUCACAAAAAUUAGGAUUUCAGUGAAAACGCCAAGCCAUUCACUUUUAGGCACUCAAGUUUAA